AUGGAAGAACAAAUAUUACCAAUUGGUAUUGAUUCUGAAAUCGAACAUGUUAAAUCAGAAAUUGAUCGUAUUGAUGGUAUGUUUACAGUUGCUACAGGACCAAUGGGUCAUCAAGAAGUUAAUUAUCAUAUAAUUGAUAAUGAACGAGAUUAUCAUACAACACAACAAUUAUUUUCUAAUACAAAAUCAAUAAUUGAAUCACCAAAUGAAAAUUUAUCAUUACAAACACCAUCAUCUUCAUUACCAUAUCAACAUAAUGUUGAAUUUUGGGAUUCAAAUAUAAUAAAUGAAUAUCAAGAUGAUAUAUCUAAUAAAUGGAUAGAAAAUAAAAUAAUUGAUAAUUAUAAUAGAAAAGCUCGAUUUUCAUUACCAGAAAUCGAUGGUUAUGAUCAACAAGAAAAAAAAAUAUUAAUAAAAAAAAUUAAUAAAUCAUUGAGAUAUAUUCAAAAAGAACAAUCUAUUUCAAAUCUUAUAACAAAUAAUGAUGAAAUAGAAAAACAAAAAUUUUCUUCGUUAUUCUUAAAUGAAUCAAUUAUUGAAAUUCCAGAAUAUUGUCGUCCUAAUAUAAAUAAUAUAUUACAACAACAAAUUGAAACUUUAUUACCUUUUUAUACAUUCAAUGAAUUAGCUGAGCAUAAUGAUUCAACUGAUGCAUGGAUUUGCAUAUUUCGUUCUAUAUAUGAUAUAACAUCACUUAUAGAAAAGACUAAAGGUACAAGAGUAUAUCAAUUAUUGAUUGAUUAUGCUGGUCAAGAUAUAAGUUCAUGGUUCGAUGAAGAAUUAUAUGAACCACGUAAACGAAUUGAUCCUUAUACACAUGAAUCGGUUUUAUUAAUCAAAGAUUUAUCAAUAAUUGAAACAUUAGGUAGACCUUUUUGGCAAACAAAAGAUUUAUUAAUCGGUCGACUUAUUGAACAUUCUCGAUUUAUACGUCUUAUAUAUAAUUUUUCUUCUAAAUAUUCAUAUCUAUUAGAAAUAGCUGAAGAAGAAACAAUUGGACAAAUAGCAAAAAAAUUUUUAAAAUAUAAUUCACAUAUAUUUUCUUAUAUAUGGUUAUAUAAUGGUAAAAAACUUGAUUUUAAUAAAACUCUUACAGAAAAUAGUAUACCAAAUGAAGAAUUCUUUUAUGAUACAUAUGAAUGGAGAUCUAAUAAUGAAAAUUGUCCAACAAUUUUACUCUUUUUUUCUGAUGAUUUAACAAUUGCUUAA